AUGCGCUUCGAGGCGGGCACUGCCGGUGCCACGACGUAUGCACGCGAGGCCGGGUACAUUAUCACGUCCGCGAUACCGUUGAUCGUGACAUUCUUCCUCCAGUACUGCUUGCCCAUUACGUCGCUCGUGGUGCUCGGACACUUAGGGCCUAGCGAGCUUGCAGCCGCAUCUUUAGCCGUCAUGACCUACAACAUCACGGGGUUGGCCAUUUUCGAGGGCAUGACCACCUCGUUAGAUACCUUGUGCGCGCAGGCGUACGGAUCAGGCAACUACACCCUCGUCGGGGCGUACUUCCAACGUGCCUCCGCGAUGAUGCUUACAUUGCUUCUCCCGAUGGCCCUCUUCUGGUUCAAUAGCGGUGCGGUGUUGCGACUCGUGGUGGAUGACGAUGACGUCUGCGCCAUGGCACAAACGUUUCUCCGGGUUGUGGCGUUUGGUGCUCCCGGUUACAUCUUCUUCGAGUCUGGAAAGCGCUUCGUCCAGUCCCAGAGACUCUUCAACGCGUGCACGUACGUUUUGGCGUUCGUGGCACCGCUCAACUUUGCGCUCACAUACGCGUUGGUCUACCCCGCGGGCCUCGGGUUCGUGGGCGCGCCGAUCGCAGUGGCACUUAUGUACUGGCUCACCGCCGCGUUAUUGUUGCUAUACGUAGUGUUUGUUGACGGUCGUAAAUGUUGGGGCGGCUUGGAUAUUAGUGACGCCUUUAGCUUCCAGAACUGGGCGCCCAUCGGGCGCCUCGCAUUGCCGGGUGUGGUGAUGGUUUUGGCAGAGUUCAGUGUCUUUGAAAUCCUCACCCUCUUGUCGAGCUUUUUCGGUACCGAAGCGUUGGCUGCGCAGUCUAUUGCCACCAGCUUGGGCUCGUUGAUCUUCCAGCUCCCAUUCGCGCUUGCCGUCGGUAUCUCGACCCGCAUCGCACAUUACGUUGGCUCGCGGCAGCCACAUGCCGCACAAGUCAUGACGCAUCUCUCGUACGCAAUCGGCGGUGUGAUUUCGGUGUUCAACUUCAUGGUGCUCUACUUCGGCCGCUACUACCUCGCACGGCUGUUCUCCCUGCACGACUCGGUAAUUGAGCCUGCGGCCGAAACCAUCAAGGUGUUGGCUUUGGUGCAGUUGUGUGACGGUUUCAACGUCACGUUUGCGGGUGUUUUGCGAGGCCAGGGCAGACAGCGAAUUGGGAGUGUGUUGAAUUUGGUAUGUUAUUACUUGAUCGCGUUGCCCUCGUCUGUGUAUCUCGCCUUUUCCCGCGGCUGGGAGUUAGACGGCCUUUGGGCCGGGUACGGGGUUGGUGUGGUGGUGUUGAGUGUGUGCGAGGGUGUUUUGAUCUGGCGCAGUGACUGGGCAGUGAUUGUAAGGGAAGCGCAGAAAAGAAUCGAAGGAGACUAA